AUGGACGAGGACAUCUCUAACUUCGUCGCCAUUACGGCUGCCAGUCCAGAGGCCGCACGCGGCUUCCUGGAGAUGGCAAACAACAACCUCGAACAGGCCAUCCAGCUCUUCUUCGAGAGCCCCGACAUCCAGAACAGCUUCAACACAGUGCCUGCUGCCACCUCGUCAACAGCGCCCCCAGUGCCCGCUAGCACCCGGCCCAACGUUGGACGCCAAGACGACCGUGGCGUCAUUCACAUCGACAGCGACGAUGACCGCGAUACUGCCAUGACGGUCGACGACAUGGACGAUAACUUUGGACAAGACGACUCUGACGUCGCGGCUAUCGCCCGCAACGCGCAGGAGGAGGAAGACGCCGCCAUGGCCAAGAGACUACAGGAGGAGCUAUACGGAGGUGGCUCCGGCGGUGUUGGUGGCGGCGGCGUCCUCGGUGGUCAGGAUGACGUCAGGUCACCCAUUGCAAGAACCACAGAAACGCUGGUUGGAGGCUACGAAGGCGAUGACGGCGUGGACAUGGACACCAUUAUCCGGGCGCAGAUGAGGCAGAGAGAGGCGGCCAGAGCUGCUGCCCGAGGCGGCUCUAGGAAUCCUUUCAGCCACAACCUGUCGAUCUGGGAAGAUGACAGCCCGACCCCUGCUCAACCGUCCCAGGCAGCUCCGAGCGAAGGCGGCGCCCGUGCCCAGCGACUCGCUGAACUGUUCCGACCUCCCUACGACAUCAUGUCCAGACUGGACUGGGACGAAGCGAGGCAGGAGGGCAAAGACGAGAAGAAGUGGAUAAUGGUCAACCUCCAAGACAUGAGCGACUUUAACUGCCAGGCUCUGAAUCGGGACAUUUGGAAGGACGCGGCGGUUCGCCAGCUGCUGGAGGAGAGCUUCAUCUUUCUUCAGUACGACAGAAGCGCCAUGGCGGCGCAGCAAUACAUCAACUUUUACUUCCACCACAGCGGACACGAGAACCCCGAUAACUACCCGCACGUUGCCAUCAUCGACCCGAGGACAGGAGAGCAGGUCAAGGUGUGGAGCGGACGGCCGUUCCCCAGCGCCUCCGAGUUCCACGCCCAGCUGGCCGAGUUCCUGGACCGCUACAGCUUGGCGGCCAACAGCAAGAACCCCGUGGUGGACCAGGCGGCGCCGCGGCCCAAGACGGUCGACGUCGACCGGAUGACGGAGGAGGAGAUGCUCGAGAUGGCGUUGCAGAACAGCCUCGCGGCGUCCAACGGCGGCAGCAGCUCCAAGCCCACGCCAAGCGUGGUCGAUCCUGACGCGCUGACCAAGUCAGAGUCUCCCAAGGGCGAGACAGCAGGCGCUGCGGCGGAGGCGGCAGCGCCGCCGAGCAUCUGGGCUAAGAUUGCCAGCGACAAGCCGCACACGGAGCCCGAGAACAACCCAGCCACGACGACGCGGAUACAGUUCCGUCAUCCUACCGGACGCGUCAUCCGGCGAUUCAACCUGGACGACCCGGUCAGGCGCAUUUACGAGUGGCUCAAGGCUGAGCCGCUGGAGGGCAAGGACGGCAUCGAGUUUGAGCUAAAGCGCAUGCCCCAGGGCCAGGACUUGAUUGAAGAGCUCGAAAAGACCAUCCUAGAGGCCGGGCUCAAGCAGGGAACUGUCAUGAUCGAGUUCAUCGAGGACUAG